ACGAGCUCCUCACCUUGGUUCUUUUUUAAAGCGGCCCUCCCGCGUGAAGAUUGUGAAGUAACCGUGGUAUCCCCCACACGCUAUUGUGAAGUGCUGUUGCAUCCAACUUGGAGACGAAGCGAUAGUGAAGAUGGCAGCGGAUCAGGCCCAGUUCCAGCAGCUCCUGGUUUCCCUUUUAUCCACGGACAACGAUGUGCGCCAGCAGGCCGAGGAAACAUACAACGCUCUACCCAGGGAGUUGAAAGUAACGCAUCUCUUGGCAAACCUCCACAAUGGUCAGCAAUCUGAGGAGGCUCGCCAAAUGGCAGCUGUGCUUCUGCGGCGUCUGUUCACCACGGAGUUUCUGGAAUUCUACAAAGAGAUUCCAGCCGAGUCGCAGAACCAGCUCCUCCAGCAGAUCCUUUUGGCCGUUCAGCAGGAGGUCACUCCCCAGCUGCGGCGCAAGAUCUGUGAGGUCAUAGCCGAGGUGGCCCGGAACUUGAUCGACGAAGAUGGCAACAACCAGUGGCCGGAUAUCCUGCAGUUCCUCUUCCAGUGUGCCAACUCGCCCACGCCGCAGCUUCAGGAGUCAGCUCUGCGCAUCUUCACCAGUGUCCCCUCCAUAUUCGGUAACCAGGAGACGCAGUACAUUGACUUGAUUAAGCAGAUGCUGGCCAAGAGCAUGGACCCCAGCUCCGAUGCCGAGGUGCGAGUGCAAGCAGUGCGAGCUGUCGGCGCCUUCAUCCUCUUCCACGACAAAGAGAAGGAGGUGUCCAUCUACAAGCACUUUGCCGAUAUGCUCCCACGGAUGAUCGUCAUCACUGGAGAGACCAUCGAGGGACAGGAAGAUCAGAACCUGCUCAAGCUGCUCAUCGAGAUGACUGAGAACUGCCCGAAGUUCCUGCGACCUCAGUUGGAGUUUAUCUUCGAGAUCUGCAUGAAGGUAUUCAGUUCGCAGGACUUCGAGGACAGCUGGCGACACCUUGUCCUGGAGGUUAUGGUGUCGCUUUCCGAAAACGCCCCUGCCAUGGUGCGGAAACGGGCAGACAAGUACAUCGUGGCCCUCAUCCCGCUGGUUCUGCAAAUGAUGACCGACCUCGAGGAAGAUGAGGAGUGGUCCACCACCGAUGUGGUGGAUGACGACGACCACAGUGACAACAACGUCAUCGCCGAGUCCUCCUUGGAUCGUCUUGCCUGCGGGCUGGGCGGAAAGGUCGUCCUGCCACAGGUAAUGAACGCUUUGCCGGCCAUGCUGAGUCAUGCGGAUUGGAAGCACCGCUUUGCAGCUCUCAUGGCUAUCUCGGCCAUCGGUGAGGGGUGCCACAAGCAGAUGGAGGCCAUCUUGGACGAAGUUAUGUCCGGCGUGUUGAACUUCUUGCGGGAUCCCCACCCCCGAGUGCGUUACGCUGCUUGCAAUGCCAUCGGUCAGAUGUCAACUGAUUUUGCUCCGACUUUCGAGAAGAAAUUCCACAGUCAGGUUAUUCCCGGACUGCUGUCUCUGCUCGACGAUGUGGAAAAUCCUCGUGUGCAAGCCCAUGCCGGAGCUGCCCUGGUGAACUUCAGUGAAGACUGUCCGAAGAACAUUCUGACACGCUACUUGGACGGUAUCAUGACCAAGCUGGAGACGAUCCUCAACUCCAAAUUCAAGGAGCUGGUGGAGAAGGGCAACAAGCUGGUGUUGGAACAGGUGGUGACCACCAUUGCCUCUGUAGCCGACACUUGCGAGGCCGAGUUCGUGGCCUACUACGACCGGUUGAUGCCCUGCCUGAAGUUCAUCAUCCAGAACGCCAACUCUGAGGAUCUGCGCAUGCUUCGCGGCAAGACCAUCGAGUGCGUGAGUCUCAUUGGCUUGGCAGUCGGACGCGACAAGUUUAUCGGCGACGCCGGCGAGAUCAUGGACAUGUUGCUGGUCAACCACACCGAAGGCGGAGAGCUGCCCGACGACGAUCCGCAGACCUCCUACCUGAUCACCGCCUGGGCCCGCAUGUGCAAGAUUCUGGGCAAGCAGUUCGAGCAGUACCUGCCCGUGGUGAUGGGACCGGUGAUGCGCACAGCCACAAUGAAGCCCGAGGUGGCCAUGUUGGACAACGACGAGGUGGAGGACAUUGAGGGCGAUGUGGAGUGGUCGUUCAUCAAUCUGGGCGAGCAGCAGAACUUUGCCAUUCGAACUGCCGGAAUGGACGACAAGGCAUCUGCCUGCGAAAUGCUGGUCUGUUAUGCCCGCGAGCUCAAGGAGGGAUUCGCCGAGUACGCCGAGGAGGUGGUGCGCCAGAUGGUGCCCAUGCUGAAGUUCUACUUCCACGAUGGCGUUCGCACGGCCGCCGCUGAAUCGUUGCCCUACUUGCUCGACUGCGCCAAGAUCAAGGGGCCCCAGUACUUGGAGGGUAUGUGGCUGUACAUCUGCCCGGAGCUGCUGAAGGUCAUCAACACUGAACCCGAGGCAGAUGUUCAGUCGGAGCUGCUGAAAUCUCUCGCCAUGUGCAUUGAAACCCUUGGACCGAACUGCCUCAGCGAGGAUGCAAUGAAGCAGGUUCUUGAAAUUAUCAACAAAUACCUUCUGGAGCACUUCGAGAGGGCCGACAAGCGUCUCCUGGCCCGCAAUGAGGAGGACUACGACGAUGGUGUUGAGGAAGAGUUGGCCGAACAGGAUGACACCGACGUCUACAUUCUUUCCAAGAUCGUGGACAUCACUCACGCCCUCUUCCUGACCAACAAGGCCCAGUUCCUGCCGGCCUUCGAGCAGGUGGCCCCUCACUUUGUCAAGCUCCUGGAUCCCAGCCGCCCCGUCGCUGACCGCCAGUGGGGUGUGUGCGUUUUUGACGAUUUAAUCGAAUUCUGUGGUCCAGCUUGCGCUCCGUACUCACAGAUCUUUACCCCGGCGCUGCUCCAGUAUAUUAGCGACAAGUCACCAGAGGUGCGCCAGGCCGCUGCCUACGGAUGCGGAGUGCUCGGCCAGUUCGCCGGCGAGCAGUUUGCCGUUACAUGCGCCCAGAUCAUUCCACUGCUGGUGCAGGUCAUCAACGAUCCCAAGUCCCGCGAAAUUGACAACAUUAAUGCCACAGAGAAUGCCAUAUCGGCGUACACCAAGAUCUUGAAGUACAACCCCUCGGCACUGACUAACGUGGAUGAGCUGAUUGGCGUGUGGUUCUCGUGGCUGCCCAUUUCCGAGGAUCCCGAGGAAGCCACCCACAUCUACGGCUACCUGUGCGACCUGAUCGAAGCUAACCACCAGGUUAUCCUCGGAGCCAACAACUGCAAUCUGCCACGCAUCGUCUCCAUCAUCGCCGAGGCUUUCUGCACCAAGGUUCUUGAGGUGCAGAGCGCCACCGGUACCCGCAUGCUAACCAUCGUCAAGCAGGUGGAGUCCAACCCCGAAGUGAUGCAAGCCUGCAUCAGUACCCUCAGCCCAGAGCAGCAGCAGGCGUUGCAAGACGCCUACCGAGAGGUGGCGAGCGCUGGAACCGCAUAAGCGAAGCUCCAUCUCAGUCCGCAGGCCUCCGGGUUCACAGCGAUAAGUGCAUGGACGGAGUACCGAAUAUAUUAGACCGUUAUUUUUCAUCUGA